AUGUUUCCUAUCCACUCUAAAGCUGUCGACCAGGAGCUAACAUUUAGAAGUCAGCCAGACCAAAGGAAAUGUAGGGGGUUUAAUAUGCGAGUGUUCCGCUGGUCUCAGGCAAUGAUCUUCUUCAUUGAGGAGAUCAACCAAAACCCUGCUCUACUGCCAAACAUUACACUGGGCUAUAGGCUGUAUGACACAUGUGGGCUGACAGCUCUGUCUCAGAGGACAGUAUUGUCUGUAGUCUCUCAACCCAUGAAAAGGAACAGUUCAGGGGUGUGCUCCUCCAUGAGCAUCCCCAUCAUCAUUGGGGAUUCUGGAUCCACACUGUCCAUGGCCAAUUCCAGACUACUCAACCUGUUCCGUAUCCCGCUGGUGAGUUACUUUGCCUCCUGUGCUUGCCUUAGUGACAAACAGCAGUUCCCUUAUUUUUUUCGCACAAUCCCCAGUGAUGUAAAUCAGGCCAGCGCUCUUGCUCGUCUAGUGAAGCAUUUGGGCUGGACCUGGGUGGGCACAGUCGGUGCUGAUGAUGCUUACGGCCGCACUGGCAUAGACAUGUUCACAGUAGAAGUGACCCGCCUAGGUGUGUGCGUGGCUUAUCGGGUCAUCAUACCAAAACUACCCACUCAGCAACAGCUGCAAGACAUAGUUAGGACCAUUCGAGAUUCUACAGCACGUGUUUUGGUGGUUUUUGCCAUUGAGGAGGAUAUCAAGCCAGUAGUGGAUGAAAUAGUACGGCAGAAUGUGACCGGGAAGCAGUGGGUGGCCAGUGAAGCCUGGGUGACCUCCACUCUAAUCUCCACUAAAGAGAACUACCUUUCCCUCAGCGGCACCAUUGGCUUCGCCAUCCGCCGAGCUGAGAUACCUGGCCUCAAACUCUUCCUCGAAAGCAUACAGCCUCUGGCUGAGCCUUACAAUGCAUUUGCAAGGGAGUUCUGGGAAAUGCAGUUCCAAUGCUCUUUAAAUACAAGUCUUCCUAUUGCCUCUACAACUGAUCCGGUCCACUACAGUCACAGCUGCACUGGCAUGGAGAGGAUCCAGGACACUCAGAGUAUCUAUUAUGAUGUGUCUGAGCUCAGGGUGACUUAUAACGUGCACAAGGCUGUUUACACUGUGGCUCAUGCACUGCAUAACCUGCUUCUGUGUCAAAGAGUGAAUGGCUCUGUUUUUACACAGCAGUGCCCUGAUAUCCACAAUCUACAGCCCUGGCAGGUUGUUGAGGUCCUGAGGAAAGUGAAUUACACAAACAUGUUUGGAGAUAUGGUUCACUUUGAUAAGAAUGGAGACCCUGUUGGAUCAUAUGACAUAGUGAACUGGCAGAGAGGGACAGAUGAGGGUCCGGUACAGUAUGUUACAGUUGGUCGCUUUGACUCCUCUCUCCCGACAGCACAGCAAUUAGUGCUGAACCAGGACAAAAUCAUCUGGCAUGGGGAAACUGAUGAGGUACCAGUGUCUGUGUGUUCUGUUAGCUGCCCGCAAGGAUACAGGAAGAUUACACGAGAGGGUCAGCCUGUGUGCUGCUAUGACUGUGUGCUUUGUGCAGAGGGCAGCAUCAGCAAUACUACUGAUCAGGCUGAAUGCAUUCUUUGCCCUGAAGACUUCUGGUCUGACCUGCAUCGCAGUCAUUGCGUCCCUAAGAAUAUUGAGUUUCUAUCCUACUCAGAAGCUUUUGGCAUGGCCCUGGCAGCUACAGCCAUUCUGGGUGCUGUUGCUGCAAUGACAGUGGCUGCAAUCUUCUUCCGUCAUCGAGAUACGCCCAUGGUCCGUGCUAACAAUUCAGAACUUAGCUUUCUGUUGCUGCUGUCUCUCACUCUCUGCUUUAUGUGUGUGCUAACCUUCCUGGGCCAACCCUCACGCUGGGCCUGCCCUCUCAGACGCACUGCUUUUGGCUUGACCUUUGCCCUCUGCCUCUCCUGUCUCCUCAGUAAGACCCUUGUGGUGCUUAUGGCCUUUAAAGCCACGUUGCCUGGUAACAACAUGGCUCGCUGGUUUCGCCCCCCUCAGCAGAGACUGGGUGUGUUCUUAUGUUCUGUCCUGCAGGGUGGGAUUUGCAUGGCUUGGCUUACCACAGCACCUCCAUAUCCAGUGAAGAACACCUGGCUAUAUCGUGACCGGAUCAUUUUAGAAUGUCACCUAGGUUCAGUGGCACUUUUCUGCUGUGUGUUGGGUUACAUUGGCUGCUUAGCCGCCUUCUGCUUCAUCUUGGCUUUUCUAGCCCGAAAAUUGCCUGAUAAUUUCAAUGAAGCCAAAUUCAUCACAUUCAGUAUGCUUAUAUUCUGUGCUGUCUGGAUCACAUUCAUCCCAGCUUAUGUCAGCUCUCCUGGAAAAUUCACUGUAGCUGUUGAAAUAUUUGCCAUUUUAGCUUCUAGUUAUGGAGUACUUCUGUGCAUUUUUGGUCCUAAAUGUUAUAUUAUAAUUUUCAUGCCUGAGAGGAAUUCUAAAAAGUAUCUCAUGUCCCAAAAAUGA